ACUAGGCUUCUUGGAGCAGAAGGGUGGUGCUGCCCAGGGCGCAUUUCCAGCAGGAUCCGCCACUGCGUGUGCAACGUGCUUAUGUCAUGAGCACCAGCUCAUUUUUUUUUUUUUUUUUUUUUUUGCGCCAACACACAUGAACCAUGUAAAUGUAAUCAUCUUCACACACAUUUUCCUUUGAUUACUGGAACCCACCUGAGUCAUGCCACAGCUGAACCAGUCCAGGUGACCUUUAUCUCUAAAUGCCAAAUGCGCAUGGAUUAUCUGUCUUCCAUGUGUAAGAGUAGUCUUGCAUUCUCACUGGCACCCAGACCCCUCCACUCGUGCUCCAGCUCACUCCAAAGCGUGAGCUCGCUCUACAGCCCACCCCCCGCUCUACCACACCGCGCAGUUGGAUUCAGUUACAGUGAGCGAGAGGACGGCAGAAAAAAAAAUGUAGCGGAACAAUUGAGCCGCGCGUUAUGAGAGGAAGCUGUGAAAUAUUACGACGCGCGAAUAACUGCCAUCAAAAUAACCUCGACAAAUCAAUGAGAUGCGAGACAGCACGAAGGCAUUUGGGGGUCAAGUUCAUGGCAGCGGAUGAGCGCUGGAUCCAGAAGCAGCUGGCAGGAUGAACUGAGACUCUGCGCGCAGGAGCGUGCCACGGGCGAACAUUUGGGUCUGACCUCGGUGGGAAUCAUUUCUGGGACAAACAACUCGGCCCCGGUACAUCAAUGAGGGAUGUGACUGUGUCUGUCUCUGUCCAGACGGGGUGGAUGAAGCCCUCGGCGGUGUCAUGCGUCUUGCCCCGCAGCCAUCAAGCGCGCAACCCUUGCGGCUCGUAGUGUUCUUCGUCCUCCUCGGUCCUGGGGUCGUGUCGUCCCCGGUUAUCUCUGCCGGCUGCCCGGACAGGUGCGUGUGUGAUGACCAGCUGGUGGUCCAGUGCGCCGGGCAGCACCUGACCACCUUCCCGGUCAACCUGCCGCUGGCGACGCGGCAGCUCAUCAUCUCCAACAACCGCAUCGCGGAGCUGCCGCCUCUGGCGCUCAACUACCUGUCCGACCUGGUGUACCUGGACUGCAGCAACAAUUCUCUGACGGAGAUCUCGGAGUCCACCUUCGGGAACCUGCGCAAACUGGCCUACCUGGACCUCUCCUUCAACACCUUGCGCCGUAUCGAGGACAGGACUUUCGGCCCGUUGGCGAGCCUGGUGAUGCUGAGGAUGACGGACAACCCGGAGCUCUCCGACAUCCACCCGGACGCCUUUUCGGAGAACGAGGCCCUUCAGGUGCUGGACGUGAGCCGGAACAACCUGACGGCGCUCAACAUCACCUCCCUGAUCGCGCUGCCCGCCCUGCGCUCCGUGGGGCUCAGCGGGAACCCGUGGAGCUGCCAGUGCGACAACGAGGAUCUCUGCCUGUGGGUCCACCUGGAGACCUUCAAGUUCCAAGAUGAGGGCCAGACAGUGUGUGACUCACCCGCUGACAUGCAGGGCCGCCGUCUGAGCGAGGUGGGCAUUGAGCUCCGGACUUUAUGUCACCAGACGCUGGACUCCUGGGACUACCUCUUCUUCGUGGUCAUUGGCUUUGUCAUCUUUGCCGCCGGGACAGUGUCGGCGUGGUUGAUGGGCGUCGUCAUGGUGCUAUACGAGCGCUACAUCAAGAAGAAAGACAAUCAGCUGGAGCUGGAAAACGAGGAAGAAGAUGUUGAGACGGGUAACGCACCGAGAGGCAGCACAGACCGGGGCAACAGGAGUUUAAAAACUUCACAUACUGUCUGAAAGAAUUAAUCCCGUUCUGUUCACCAUGGGUUCCCACAGUGCCUCCUUGUACACCUCCACGACUGUCUGUGAAGUCUGAUAUUAAAUCAAAACAGAGUCUUUUUUAACAGGCUUGGCUCUCAAACCGAAGUAGAAUUCAACAGAAAUAAGGAAUGUCUUUCUAACCAUUUGUAGUGGGCUUUCAGGGGAUAAAAGAGGUUUUUGUAGUCUCUGUGGUUGAGGUCCCCACUGCUGGGUGGUAUAUGCAAACAUGAAUCUGUAUGUUGUUCACUUCUAUCUAAUGUUUGAGUGGGAAUUGGAUUGGUUGGCUAGAAAUGCAGUCUGCGUCGGCAAAACUGCUAUUAGGGGACCAGUUCGGUUUUUCUUCUGUAAAGCACCCAUGCACACUUAGUCUAUUUUAUGCAUUAUAUUUUUGGCCUAUAUAGUGCUCUAAAAUAAGUUAAAAAAAAUUCUCAUGCUGUUCAAUGUUUUAACAUCUUUUGUGUGAAACACUUAAUUAAAUCUACUUUAUCUAUAACAAAGCUCUUCCUUCUCAAAGGCACAGUAUGUUUUGCAGCGAAUACACUGUAGAACAUCUGCUUAAAGGCAUAGUUCAGCAUUUUCUUAAUUAAGGUUAGGCUGAACUAUAAACAGUUAAGACCUGCAGUAGAUAUUCUCCCAACAUCUUCAUUCUGUAUAAAUUCAUUUUAGUUGGUCCUGGAUGCUGAUGAUAUCUCAGACAAGGGGUCAGUAACCUGCCGCUCUGACCCCUUGGAUCUUCCACAAUGGCUCUGAAAAACUUUGGCUAAAAAUAAUAAAGAACCAACAAAUGUUUUUAGCAAUAGAAACAAUAUCAAAUGUAGUUUUUUGUUUUUCAUGGAAUAACUCCAUUGACUUUCCUUAACAGAAUGACACUGAAAGUACCGGUGAUAUUUUCGGAUCUAUCUUUGUUGUCAUCACAAUGGCAACCAUAUGCAAAAAAGGAUGUUUUUGGCUA